AUAAACGUUACUAAAUGACUACGACCAAAAAGUUGUAAAAAAAAAAAAUUAAAAGAAACAGUAACUUCUUUACACCAACCACACAAAUAAUAAUGUAAUCCGAUUUGUAAGAAGAAGACUUUUUGCAAAACAUUCUUUUAUAGAAGAGAGACGACCGCCGUCGCCGGGAAGUGACGUCACCUCAAAACCCGCCAAAUGGGUGCCACAGACCCCGUAAAGUUAAAGGCUGUGGAAGAGAGAGAAAACAGAGGAGAAGAAAAAACAGAGAAGAAGAAGAAGAAGAAGAAGCAGAGAGGAGUAAAGGCUAAUGAUGAGGAAGAAGGAGGAGAUAAAGACGAACUCAACCACCACAGAUUCUUAGCGAACUUGAACAGAUUAAACCCGACGAACCCUCUUCGGAUCAUUGUCAACAAUGGCGGCGGCGGUAGAUUCACCACUCCGCCUCCUCCUAACCCCGCGCAGCCGCUCCGAUCAUCCUCAAGAGCUCCUCCGCCGAUACAGACUCCUCCCGUUCGCGCGCCGCCGCCGGAAGAGCCUCAGCCUCCGCCGUCUCCCUCUCCGCCUCCGCUUCAGCAUCAGUCCCGUUCCCUCUUCUCACAAACCCCUCAAGAAACUUUGGCGUCGUUGAACUCGUCAAAGUACACAAACAAGUUCUUUCUCUUCCUCUUCAUCCUUCACAAGAUCGCGGCCAUCGGUUUCGUAUGCUUCCUCGUCUUCAGAGGCGUCCAGGGUCUCAUCGGCUCCAACGGCAGCGUCAAACGCAAAGAGCAACGCAUCCUCAGAUUCCUACUUCCGCAAGUCGAAGCCGCGUCUCUCCUAAGCAUCGUACUCGCGUUCUCCUGGCAAAUGGCGAUCCGUCUCUGGCCUGAGUUCAUGAUCCACUUCAUCCUCUGGAGCACGUUCCUGAUGUCUCUCUCCUCAGGAAUCCUCUUGCUCUGUUUCCAAAUGCCAGCCACCGAUGGCGUUGGUGUUUCCCUCAUCGCCUUCUCUAUUGGAAACGGUUUAUACGCUUGCUGGGUCACACGCAGGAUCAAGUUCUGUACCAAGAUACUGGUCAAGUCUUUAGAGCCAGUUUCAAAGUUCUCUGACUUGAACUUACCAACCUACUACAUGCUAGCCGCUGGCUUCUUCUGGAUGUCGCUUUGGAUCUUCGGUGUCAUCGGUGCGUUGAAUUUUUAUUUCCCGCCGCUUGUGAUUAUCGGUUUGGUGUUGAGCUUGGCUUGGACGACGGAAGUGAUGAGGAACGUUGUUAAUCUGACUGUGAGUAGAGUCAUCGCUCUGUUCUAUCUUAGAGGGAUGCAGUCUAGUACAAGGUUUAGUUUCCAAAGAGCCUUGUCUCGUAACCUAGGGAGCGCGUGUUUGGGGUCUCUCUUUGUUCCGACGAUCGAAGCGCUUAGGAUCGUGGCGAGGGGGUUAAACUUGCUUAAAGGUGAAGAUGAGUUCAUGUUUUGCUGCGCUAAUUGCUGUCUUAAACUCAUGACGUUUAUAUUCGAGCAUGGCAAUGGCUGGGCCUUUGUGCAGAUAGCAGCGUAUGGGAAAGGGUUUGUGAGGGCGUCGCAAGACACGUGGAAACUGUUUGAGGAUGUUGAUAUGGUUGAGGUAGUGGAUGCGGACAUAACAAGCUCUAUAUGUUUCCUCACGGGGAUAUGCAGUGGCUGCGUCUGUGUUAUUGUGGCGGUCGCUUGGACGCACACGGUUUAUAAGCCUUUUACAGCUACCAUCUCCUUGCUUGCCUUCUUCAUUGGAUACCUCAUGACGAGGAUCUCAAUGGCAUUGCCUCACGCAUGCGUGAGUUGCUACUACGCAUGCUACGCUGAGAAUCCAGAGAGCAGAUUCUUUGACGAAACCAUAAAAGAUAGACAAGCUUUGAUCAAAAAUGGUCGUGUUGUUGUCCACACCCCUAGAGUCCGCCGUGCUCUAGCCUAGACCGGCUCUGGCUACUUGAUCUUUUUUUCUCCUUCUUGCCUAAUUGAAUUGUAUUUAUAAUUUGAUAAUUAAUUUAGUAAGAGAAAGUGGUAGUGUCAAUAUCAGUGGGGGUGGGGAAGAAAGAAUGUGGUUACAAUCCAACUAAGCAAAGUUGGUUGAGCCUUUUCUAUUCUUCUUCUUUGUUGUUGAAACCCUUCAAUGACUUUCUGUACAUAUAUUUAUUUCCUCAUUAUUUGUUGGUUCCUAUCUGUACAUUACAACAUGGGUAUAUUCUUUUCUCAA